AUGAGUUGUUGGAGAGGGCUCAUAAAUGUCACCAAAAGUCACAUCCGCUGGAAAAGCGGUGACACCAAGAGUCCGGACUUGGAGUCCAUUGUCAUACCGGUGUCCGUCAGACGCACGCAAAGUCCCGACGAUAUCAGUGUCGGCGAAGAGUUGUCGGGAAAUAAGCUGAAGAAAAACGAUUUGAUUGUAAUAUUGAAUCAAUUCAUCCAAAGGCCGGCCAUCAGGAGGUUGUCUGAAGAGAACGGAUUGAACGCAAAGCUCUUGAAUGAGGCGUUCAUUAGUUUCCGCAGACAUUGCGUUGAGUCGAAAGCGUUGGCCACAGAACUGCAUCUCAUUCUCAGUGAUAUCCUCCAGAAGGUGGCGAAUGUGGACGACUUGUUCCCAUACUUCUUAAGUCACGCGAAACUAUUGUAUCCACACUUGGAUUGCAUGGAAGAGCUGAAGAAAAUCAGUGAUUUAAGACUUCCUCCCAACUGGUACUCUGAGGCCAGAAGUAUGACUCGGAAAGUGAUCUUUCAUUGCGGACCCACUAAUAGCGGCAAAACAUAUCACGCGCUCCAGAGGUUCAUGACCUGCAAGUCCGGUGUCUAUUGCGGUCCUCUCAAGCUGUUGGCCGUCGAAGUGCACCACAAGACCAACACUUACGGCACUCCCUGUGAUCUCGUGACCGGAGAGGAGAGACGCUUCGCCAACGAAGACAAGAAGCCGUCGAAUCACAUCGCAUGCACUGUUGAGAUGUCUUCAGUGACCGAGAAGUGCGAAGUGGCCGUCAUUGACGAGAUUCAGAUGAUCCGAGACAUGGGUCGGGGGUGGGCCUGGACUCGGGCUCUGCUCGGAAUACCCGCUGAAGAGAUACAUCUGUGCGGCGAAGAGGCGGCACUGGAUCUGAUCCGAGAGAUGUUGACGGCGACCGGCGAAGAGCUGGAAGUGCGACGAUAUAAGCGAUUGACUCCAAUCACAGUCGAAGACUUCGCACUGGAAUCGUUGGAUAACAUAAAACCCGGCGAUUGUAUCGUAUGUUUCAGUAAAAAAGAUAUCUUUGGAGUGAGUCUCGAGUUGGAGAAGAAGGGACACGAAGUGGCAGUCAUUUACGGGACUCUCCCUCCGGCCACCAAAUUGUCGCAAACAAACAAAUUCAAUGAUCCGAACGAUUCGUGCAAAGUUCUUGUGGCCACUGAUGCCAUCGGAAUGGGUCUCAAUCUCAGUCUAAGACGAGUCAUCUUUUAUUCACUAAUCAAACCGACACUCAAUGAAAAGGGAGAGAAGGAAAUGGACUUAAUAUCGACCUCUCAGGCGCUGCAGAUAGCGGGUCGGGCGGGCAGGUAUGGCACGGACUUCGCUCACGGAUACGUCACUACAUUCAGGAGCGAUGAUCUGCCACUACUUAAGGACAUACUGUCGCGCUCUGUGGAGCCCAUAGAGGCGGCGGGUCUGCACCCGACGGCAGACCAGAUCGAGUUGUUUGCCUACCAUUUGCCGAACGCAGGCCUUUCUAAUCUAAUCGAUAUAUUCAUAAGUCUGUCACAAUACGCGCGACAGUACUCCACGAACCAACCCAUGACUCUGGACUGGUUGUGCCGACAGAUCGGUUGGCCCAUCACUACCCCCAAGACUAUCGUAGAGUUGGCGCACUUGGAGGCCGUGUUUGACGUCCUCGACCUCUACCUAUGGCUCAGCUAUCGAUUCAGUGAUUUGUUUCCCGACUCGGAGUUAGUGCGAGAUAUGCAGAAAGAGUUGGAUUUCAUAAUACUUCAGGGAGUGAUCGGUAUCACCAAACUGUUGCGCGCCUCCGAGACCAACACCUCCUACUCCUUGGCCCACACCUCAGACCACGAGUUCAUCCCUAAGUCUAAAGACAUUCAUAAAAGUCGAGCCUUUUCUGCCACUUAUGACGAAGACAUCAACGAAUUGCAGAGACUGACCAACAAAUCAAAUAUCAAUGACUUUGUGUUCAAUAAAUCCAACAAACAGUCGCUGAAGGAGUCAUCGUUAGGCAAACAACUCAUCAAAAAGGGUUUAAUCACUAAUGAGAUACUGAGUCGACUUCAGGAGGAAUGGUCUCAGGGUAUCAACAAAUCCUUGAAAACUAAACCUAAUGUGGGAUUCAGUACGAAGAAGAGCAAGAAGUGA